GGCAAUCGUAAUAUAGGUGGAGCCUAGAGUAUAUUAUAAUUCUCUUUGGCCUAGAGAAUGAGUUGAGUUCGCAUUAAAAGAUAAUAUUUCUGUCUGUAAAGUGUACCCUGUAUCUAAAACUUUCAGUAGUUUGCCUUCACAUUAUAAUUCUCUUUGUUAUUUAUUCCAUGAAGUGUGCCCGUAAUUUCAGGAAAAGUUGAAUUUGUUUUGUGUUUAUGUAAAAAUUUUUGUGUGAUUCAUUAACCAGGAAACAUGGCCGAAUUGGCAGCAUUACUGCAAACGGAAAUCCCGGAGGGACGAAACCAUCUCACAGACAGCCACACAAAUUUGGAGCGUGUCGCCGAUUACUGCGAAGCGAAUUAUUUCCAGUCCGAGAACAAGAGGCUCGCUCUCGAAAGUACUAAAAACUACACGACUCAAUCUCUGGCCAGUGUAGCAUAUCAGAUAAACACUUUGGCAUACAAUUUCCUUCAGCUGCUCGAACUGCAGACAAUGCAGUUAGCAGAAAUGGAAGGACAGAUGAACCAUAUCGCGCAGACUGUUGCGAUUCACAAAGAAAAAGUGGCGCGUCGUGAGAUUGGUGUGCUUACGGCCAACAAAGUGACCAGCAGGCAGUACAAAAUCAUUGCACCGGCUAAUCCAGAAAAACCAAUUAAAUAUGUCAGAAAGAGUAUUGAUUACACAGCACUUGAUGAUAUUGGCCAUGGUGCACGGUGGAAUGGUGGUGCUUGUGGCACUCCUCGUGGUAGACGAUCUGGAUCUGCAUCAGGUGCUGCGCCCCUCCCAGCACCCACUACUAAACCACCAACACCACCAGCUGCAGUCCGAGCUGCCUCUGCAGCUAAUACAGGCACUUUGGGGCGUGGAACUCUUGGUAAAUCGUCUCGUGAGUACCGAACUCCGCCAGCGGUGGCGCCUCCACAGGUGCCAUCGCAUUAUGCACCUAACUAUCCGAGACGCCCACCAGGCUACUCAACGCUGCCUGUUGCUCAGCCACAGGUUGGCAUGGUGCAUCCAAAUCAACAUCAAACAACACCCUCUAAUUAUACUCAACAAGAUCUCCAUUCUAGUAUGCCACCUCCACCAUCACCACUGAUUGGGUCAGAUGGUGAACACAGUCAGCAUUCAAUGAGUCUGCCAGGACAGCGAGCAUCGUCGUCAUCAGCGGGUGGUGGUUCAAUUCGAGGCGGUUCCGUUUCGCCUCCGCUGCCGCCGCCCCCCAUGGACGAUGAGCUCACACACGACGCCUUCGGUCGACCGCAUCAACUCAACAACAAGAUGGGUUCUCAAUAUACAAGUGCAGUUCCAGCCAUUGUUCCCGAUGAGGAGGAUCUGCCUGGAUGGGUACCAAAGAACUAUAUUGAGAAAGUUGUAGCAAUCUAUGAUUACUAUGCUGAUAAGGAAGAUGAGUUGUCAUUCCAAGAGAGUGCAGUGAUAUACGUUCUGAAGAAAAAUGAUGAUGGCUGGUGGGAAGGCGUCAUGGAUGGAGUCACUGGAUUGUUCCCUGGGAAUUAUGUGGAGCCCUGUGUUUGAAAUUGAUGUGUUUGCCGCGUCACAAUUGUAUUGCCAUGUAUCCAAUAUAUUAUUAGUUACUUGCACA